AUGGAUCAGAUAAUUGAUCAAUUCAAUAGAAAAACAAAUGGAGAAAUUAUCAAAAGAGAUAAAAUGCUAGAUCAUUGUAAAGGCAUACCUUUGGCUAUAGUUGCAUUCGGAGGGCUUUUAAGCACCAAAGAAACUGUUGAAGAAUGGGAAACGGUGAGUACUUCCUUAAAUUCAGAAGAAACACGGUCUGAUCAGGCGCUAGAGAACAUACUACUGUUAAGUUAUCAUGAUCUUCCAAAUGACAUAAUGCCAUGCUUCCUUUACCUCAGCCUCUUCCCACCCGACUCUGAGAUUUCAACUGGAAUGCUGAUUAGGAUGUGGCUAUCUGAAGGUCUAGUAGCAUUAAAUUCUCCAUCUAGUACACAGAAGACUUUGGAAAAUGUGGCAGCACAGUACCUAGAGGAAUUAGCUUGCAGGUGCCUCAUUCAAGUCGUGAGGAGAAACCAUGUUGGAGAUAUGAAAACCAUCCAUAUGCACGACAAGAUUCAUCAAGUUUCCAUCACAAAAUCAACAGAGUUAGGAUUUCUUGAAAAUUAUCCCCACGCACAAGACAAGCCUUUGCUUCAGCCUGCAGCCCAUUCCAGGAGUGAUGUUCCUCAAAUCAGAGAAAUGCAUCUACGACGAACCGCAAUACGUCCCGGACUUCGACAUGUAUAUCUACCAGCGUAUGCAAUUUCAUCUAUGGGGAAACUAGAUCUCAGCACUCUACAGGACUUGCAGAUAUUAUGGGGUGUCAGCGGCGGUGAUUGGCUAACAGAUGAUUUGGGUAAAAUAAAUGCGUCUCUCUUAAAUCUGAGGAUAGUAAACAUUUCAUGCACUAAAGAGUUAGAGUCAGUGGUGAAUUGGCUGAACCGAGAGCCCAAACAGCUUCAGGGGAUUCAAUGGAAUUGUGGUUCAAAUAUGUUCCUGAAACUCGAGGAGCUUCAAAUCUCACACCUGCCAAACUUGGUGCAAUGGAGAAUUGAAGCAGGUGCAAUGCCACAUCUGAGGAGACUAUCAAUAUUUAGUUGUCAGAAGUUGUUAGCGCUCCCGGAAGAGCUAAGGUACAUCAACCUGCAAGAACUGGAGAUUCUGGAUAUGCCAAAGUCAUUUAACAGCAGGCUACAUGAAAUCAAAGAUGAAAAUACAGCAGAAGCAAAGGACAACGACAUCAUUCGAAACAUUCCUUGCAUCAAAAUUGAGGCUUGUUAG